AGAAAAGCUAAACAAAUCAUCAUAAGAUGCCAACUCUUUAAUUAGUUUCCUGAUCCACCACAAGAAAUCUCUCUCAUCCCCAGCCUCUCUUUUAUCUCCCCAGCCCUUGACAACAACCCAAUUCUCUCGCUCCUCUCAACUCAAAACCAGACUUCUGAGAUCAUUCUCUCUCUCUCUCUCUCUCUCUCUCUCUCUCUCUCUCUCUCUCUCUCUCUGCAGCUUUCCUUAUCUUAAUUAGUCCUAAGGGUUGAUCCAUCAUCGGAGGAUCUAACAUGGCAAAUUCUUCGUCAGGAAUGGCUGUACAUGAUGAUUGCAAGCUCAGAUUCUUGGAACUAAAAGCAAAGAGGAGCCAUAGAUUCAUCGUGUUUAAGAUAGAAGAGAAGAUACAACAGGUGAUAGUAGAGAAGGUUGGGAGUCCUGAUGAAACCUACGAUGAUUUCACUGCCUCCAUGCCUCCGAAUGAGUGCCGUUAUGCCGUCUUUGAUUUUGAUUUCAUUACCAUCGAUAAUUGCCAGAAAAGCAAGAUUUUCUUCGUUGCAUGGUCACCUGACACAUCCAGGGUGAGGAGUAAGAUGCUUUAUGCAAGCUCGAAGGACAGAUUUAGGAGAGAAUUAGAAGGAGUUCAAGUAGAGUUGCAAGCAACAGAUCCAAGCGAGAUGAGCUUUGAUAUAAUUAAGGCGCGAGCUCUCUAAAUUCUAAAGAAAUCACUUUUAUCUUCCAAGCAAGCUUUGGUCUUUCUAGGCCUAUUGUUGAUUGAUUUAGAGAGAGAUGUAUACUUCUCUUCUUAUUUUCUUUUUCUUUUCUAUUCUUUUUUUUUUCCUCUCCAUCUUUCUUUUGACUUGAACAUUUUUUAUUUGUUUGACUUAAACCUGAAAUGGCAAUUCAUGUUACAUUUUUUUGUUGAAGCUUGUCAAAUGUAGGGAUUUCUUGGAUGUAGCAUCAUCUUGAGAGUUUCCUCUCUCUUUUUAUUUUUUUCAUUUUUUUUAGCAAAAUCUUGUUCACAAUGGAUUCGAGGAAGAAAUAAAGUGUGAAGGAAGAUGACAGUUAAAGUUGAAUUUAAUCAUGGUGAGAACCCAAGGGAAAUUAGCUCUUCAACUUCUAGCGUGUAAUAAUUUAUGAGAGAUGCUAUUCUUCACACAAAAUAAGCCACAUCCAGUCACACCAAUUUUUUUUUUUUUUUUUUUUUUUUUUUUUAAUGUCAGGAAACCUCUCCAAGGUAGGGUUCGAAGAA